AGGGAGGACCGGGCACACUCCUGGCAGGGGCCAGUCCACAGAGCUCUGCUGUGUGUGCCCACAGCACACCCAGGCCCAGCCUACUUGUACUGGAAAAUACCAGUGGAGAGCAGCAUCUCCUCUGAGUGGCUGGCAUCCAUAACCCCGACUGAAGAGCUGCUGCCGUCCCAGGCUGGGGACUAGUGACAAGAUGUCUGAGGAAUGAGGAUCGGCCCCUUUUGUCUACCCGAGGAAGGCAACACAUUCCUCAUGUGCUGCCUGCAUAGCCCAUGGAGGAGCUUAACUAAUGAGUGAUACUUAAGCCACAUGGGUGAAGCUUGGCUGUUUUAGGAAUGUUCUCAGCACCAGCAUGGGCAGAAUCAGGGCCUGAAGAGGUGUAGAGGCUGUGGCCUUAAAACAACUACAAAAGCUCCAUGUUGCCUUUUCAGUCCAGAUCAUGGAAUGAUGCAGAUAAGAGGGACCCUCUGGAGGUCUGUAGUCCAACCUCCUGCUCAAAGCAGGGGCAACUACAGGGUUAGACCAGGUUGCUCAAAAUUUUAAACAGCUAGGGCACAAAAACCUCCAAGGGUGGAGACUACAACCUCUCUAGAUGUGUAAAAACAAUGUUUCCAACUAAAGCAAAUAUUUUUCUUUAUAUCCAGUUUGAAGUUACCAUUUCAACCAGCGUUUUAACUUCACCAGGAUGAAGAUCUUGAUUUCAUCCUUGACAACCUCCUCAGGCUGCUGUUACGUUCUCCUGAAGCCUUUUCUUUCCCAGGCCGGGCAAGCCGUGUUCCCUCAUCCUCUCCUUGUGUUGUACAUGAUGACCAGCUCGAGGGCCCUCACCAUCUUGACCUCAGAUUCUCCUCAAACUGUGCCUCUUCUCUAGGGCGCAGGAGUGUUGUGGCAGGUGGUUUUGGGAGCUGAGGUUGGUCAGCACCCACUGGUCUCUGCACAGCCACAGGUCCUGUCACUUUGUCACAGCAGGGAGUCGGGAUGGGCAGGUGGGAUUUGCUCCCUGAGGAAUGCACAGGGGCUGUUCCGUGUGCUGGGGCAGGGGCCCUGCCUGGCCCGUACGUGUUCACACCGUGUUUGCUGUGGGCCCGUGGUGGAGCUGAAUGAUGGUGCUGUCUGUCCCCAGCCAGAGCAGCCUGCUGGGCCUGGAAGGGACUGCUGGACCAUUUCAGGGCUGGUAUUUCCCACUGUGCUGGAUUUACCUGCCACCUCCAAACAAACUCCCAUUCCUGGUUGUGCCAGCUGAGCCCCUGUGCUUCCAAGCGUUGGUAAAUUGAGGAUCUUGCUGGUCUGGGCCUGCGGGUGCUUCUCAGUUGCUGGCCCAGCUGUCAGCAGACAUGCUCAGCUCGGUGCAGAUUUGUACCAGCACUUUCUUUGAGACAAAAACAACCUCAGGAGCACUUUGAAGCCAUGCCAAAGCACAAAUCAGCCAGCUUGGCUCAGGGGCCAGCUGCAGGGACAGUGAAGAGGGCAGGGAAGAGGCUGCAGCGUUCAGGACAGCUCUGCUCUGCCUGUUGCGGUGGCUCCAGGAUUGGAAGUUGCCUUUGUGUCUCAGGAUAUUGAGUUCCUGGAUAUUGAGGGUACAAAAAGGUGGCAAAGGGGAUUGCUGCAGGCACAGCAGACUUAAGUACAGGUCAGAGCAGGUUGUGCAGAGGGCACCAAAACACCUAAUAUUGAGGCCAAGGCAUGGGACAGAAUUGGGGGCAACAGUGGGGUGCCUGGAAGAUGGCAGGGUGCACCUGAGCUGACACCUGGCCAUGUGGCUGUCACUCUGCUCAUGUCUGCUCUGCUCUGGCUUCCACGCCCUAUAUCCCUCCAGGCUCUUCCCAGCCCUGUUGCUUUUCCCAGACCUCCUCCCCUGGGGUGAGCAGUGUAGUGCUGCUGACACAGGGGUUCAGCUGGGACACACUCAGGGCUCAAGCUCCUUAGUGCUGAUAAAAACAGCCCCAGCCAGCCCUGCUUGGUGGCAUUCUGGCAAUGGCAGGCUGAGCAUCACUGUUGGCCAGCCCUGCAGAGCACUGCAGGCUGUGGGGCAGUGAAGCUGCUGUCAUGGGAGCCCUUCAGAAACUGCAGAUGGUGGCACUGAGCUUCAGUGAUGAAGUGACCUGUCUGAAACUCAGCAUUCUCCUGCCACCACCCAGAGACACUUAAUCCUUGCUCACAGCCUGAGGAAGUAAGCAAGUCUUCCUCAUCCCCAGCUUGGGUCAAGGUCAUGUGUGGUUGGAGAUACUGUUGCUCUUUCUCCCCUUCUCCAGUGUUUUUGAAGAUAUCUACAUUUUCUGAGCCUUUUCUCACUUGAUCAGACUUGCAUGGACCCAGCACUGACCCGGCAUUCCGAAGAUGUGCUCCCAUCAGCCCACAGCCAGCAUCUGGGAUGAAUAAAGGCUCUCACAUGGUCUUCAGUGAACUGCAGGGUGGAGCUGUAGGCUGAGCAUUGAGUUGGGCUCUUCACCACCUCUCUGCAAAUCAGUAUGUGUUUUCAGUCAGGUAAAACAAGCAAUGCAUGGACUGCUGAGGAGUCAAGCAGAGCUGGGAACCGCCUGUCCCGAUGCACUGAGGUUGCUGGUAGUAACCAAGGCUUUCCAGCCCCUCCUGCUGAAGCAGUGUACUCAUCUGGAGCAUCCAGGAGCUGUGGCUGUGUGCUGGGGCUGCUCAGGAGCUCCCCAGCCUUGGGGUAGCAAGUCUAUACUCAGUGAAGCAGAGAUCUGAGAUGUCAGCUGAUUCCUUCCUGCUUUGUGUUGACUGAUUGUUCAGAGCCAUGAGCAGAGACGUUGGCAUGGAGGUUUUUGGCGAGGCCGCGCCGUACCUGCGCAAAUCCGAGAAGGAGAGAAUAGAAGCCCAGAACCAGCCUUUUGAUGCCAAGACCUACUGCUUUGUGGCUGACCCCGAGGUGGAGUACACCAAGGGGAAGAUUAAGGCUGCACAGGAUGGGAAGAUAACUGUUGAGACAGAGGAUGGCAGAACAGUUGCUGUCAAACCUGAUGAUGUGUAUGCCAUGAACCCACCUAAGUUUGACAGAGUUGAGGAUGUGGCCAUGCUGACCCACCUGCACGAACCUGCCGUCCUCUACAACCUCAAGGACCGCUACAGGUCCUGGAUGAUCUAUACCUACUCGGGUCUCUUCUGCGUCACCGUCAACCCCUACAAGUGGCUGCCGGUGUACAACCCGGAGGUGGUGUUGGCCUACCGAGGCAAGAAGCGCCAGGAGGCCCCUCCACACAUCUUCUCCAUCUCUGACAAUGCCUAUCAGUUCAUGCUGACUGAUCGUGAAAACCAGUCUAUCCUGAUCACCGGAGAAUCCGGUGCUGGGAAGACGGUGAACACGAAGUGUGUCAUCCAGUACUACGCCACAAUAGCAGCCAGCAGGGAUCCGGCCACCAAGAAGGAGUCCCGGAUGAAGGGUAUGCUCAAGGAUCAAAUCCUCAGUGCCAACCCACUGCUGGAGGCCUUUGGGAAUGCCAAGACUGUGAGAAAUGACAACUCCUCACGCUUUGGUAAAUUCAUCCGUAUCCACUUUGGAACCUCUGGAAAACUGGCCUCUGGUGACAUUGAGACCUACUUGCUGGAAAAGUCAAGAGUCACUUUCCAGCUGAAAGCUGAGAGAAGCUACCAUAUCUUCUACCAGAUCCUCUCCAAUAAGAAGCCUGAACUGCUUGAGAUGCUCCUUGUCACAGCCAACCCAUAUGACUAUCCCUUCAUCAGCCAAGGGCAGAUCUCUGUGGCCAGCAUCGAUGACCGGGAGGAGCUUGUAGCCACAGAUGCAGCCAUUGACACUUUGGGCUUCAGCCCUGAUGAGAGAAUGACGAUUUACAAGCUGACGGGGGCGAUCCUGCACUAUGGGAACAUGAAGUUCAAGCAGAAAACACGUGAGGAGCAGGCAGAGCCUGAUGGCACAGAAGAGGCUGACAAAGCAGCAUAUCUGAUGGGCCUGAACUCAGCAGACUUGCUGAAAGCUUUGUGUUAUCCCCGGGUGAAAGUGGGAAAUGAAUAUGUCAUGAAGGGCCAAACAGUGGAUCAGGUGCACCAGGCAGUGAAUGCCAUUGCCAAGUCUGUCUACGAAAAACUCUUCCUGUGGAUGGUUGUUCGCAUCAACCAACAGCUGGAUACGAAGCUGCCACGACAGCACUUUAUUGGGGUCUUAGACAUUGCUGGCUUUGAGAUCUUUGAGUUUAACAGCCUGGAGCAGCUGUGCAUCAACUUCACCAAUGAGAAACUGCAACAGUUCUUCAACCACCACAUGUUCGUGCUGGAGCAGGAGGAGUACAAGAAGGAGGGAAUUGAAUGGACAUUCAUUGACUUUGGCAUGGACCUGGCUGCCUGCAUUGAGCUCAUUGAGAAGCCCAUGGGCAUCUUCUCCAUCCUGGAAGAGGAGUGCAUGUUCCCCAAGGCAACUGACACCUCUUUCAAGAACAAGCUCUAUGACCAGCACCUGGGCAAGUCCAGCAACUUCCAGAAGCCCAAGCCUGGUAAAAGCAAGGUUGAGGCCCACUUCUCCCUGGUGCACUAUGCUGGCACAGUGGACUACAACAUCACUGGCUGGCUGGAGAAGAACAAGGACCCUCUGAAUGAAACUGUUGUGGCACUGUAUCAGAAAUCAUCUAUGAAAGUUUUAUGCCAUCUUUAUGCCAGUUUUGCUUCCAUAGAUGAAGCUGAAGAUGGUGGAAAGAAGAAAGGAACCAAGAAAAAGGGCUCUUCCUUCCAAACUGUCUCUGUACUCUUUCGGGAAAAUCUAAAUAAGCUGAUGUCGAACUUACGAACAACUCAUCCUCACUUUGUGCGUUGCAUCAUUCCCAAUGAAACAAAGACCCCAGGCCUGAUGGAUCACAAGCUUGUUCUGCACCAGCUGCGGUGUAAUGGUGUUCUGGAAGGCAUUCGGAUCUGCAGGAAAGGAUUUCCUAACAAGAUAUCAUAUGGGGAUUUCAAACAGAGAUACCACCUUCUGAAUGCCAGUGUCAUUCCAGAAGGAACGUUUAUUGAUAGCAAGAAGGCGUGUGAAAAGUUGCUGUCUUCCAUUGAGAUUGAUCAUACUCAGUACAAAUUUGGACACACUAAGGUGUUCUUCAAGGCAGGCUUGCUGGGUGUCCUGGAAGAGAUGCGAGAUGAUUGCUUAGGACAGCUGAUCACACGGACCCAGGCUUUGUGCAGGGGAUACCUCCGGAGACUUGAGUUGAAAAGAAUGUUUGACCAGAGGGAGUCCGUCCUCUGCAUCCAGCACAACAUCCGUGCAUUCAUGAAAGUCAAGCAGUGGCCCUGGAUGAAGCUGUACUUCAAGUUAAAACCCCUCUUAAAAAGUGUGGAAACUGAGAAAGAACUGGCCAUGAUGAAGGAAGAGUUUGAGAGAACAAAAGAAGAACUGGCUAAAUCAGAAACCACGAGGAAUGAACUGGAAGAAAAAAUGGUGACUCUGGUGCAAGAGAAAAAGGACCUACAGCUGCAAGUACAAACUGAAAAUGAAAAUUUGGCUGAUGCUGAAGAAAGAUGUGACCAGCUGAUCAAACUAAAAUUCCAGCUGGAAGCAAGAAUAAAGGAGGUAAUGGAAAAGCUGGAGGAUGAGGAGGAGAUGAAUGCUGAUCUGGCAGCCAGAAAGAGGAAACUGGAGGAUGAAUGCUCUGAGCUGAAGAAAGAUAUUGAUGACCUUGAGUCAACAUUGGUCAAGGCUGAAAAGGAAAAGCAUGCCACCGAAAACAAGGUGAAAAAUCUGACUGAAGUAGUGACAGGUUUGGAUGAGACUGUUGCAAAGUUAGUCAAGGAGAAGAAGGCCCUGCAAGAGGCCCAGCAACAGGCACUGGAUGACCUGCAAAUAGAGGAGGACAAAGUUAAUACCCUCACCAAAGCUAGGACCAAGCUGGAGCAGCAAGUGAACCAUGUUGAAGGAUCUUUAGAACUCGAAAGAAAAGCAUGUGUGGACCUUGGACGAGCAAAGAGAAAGCUUGAGGGAGACUUGAAACUUGCACAGGAAACCAUAGUAGAUCUGGAGAAUGAUAAACAACAUUUAGAUGAAAAAUUAAGGAAGAAAGACUUUGAUUUUAACCAGAUGCAAAAUAAAAUUGGAGAACAGCAAAAUUCAGGUACUCAUUUGCAGAAGAAGAUCAGAGAAUUGCAGGCCCGUGCUGCAGAGCUGGAAGAGGAGGCUAGGAGUGAGAAAGUGACGCGGGCAAAAGCAGAGAAGCGUUGUGGUGAGCUGGCGAGGGAGCUGGAGGAAAUCCGUGGAAGUCUUGAAGAGGCUGGAGGAGCCACCGCUGCUCAGACAGAACUCAACAAGAAGCACGAGGCAGAAUUCCAGAAGAUGCGCCGUGACCUGGAAGAGGCCACGCUGCAGCACGAAGCCACGGCUGCUGCCCUGCGCAAGAAGCACGCGGACAGCACCGCUGAGCUGGGGGAGCAGAUCGACAACCUGCAACGCGUGAAGCAGAAGCUGGAGAAGGAGAAGAGCGAGAUGAAGAUGGAGAUUGAUGACUUGGCUGGUCGUACAGAGACCAUUACCAAGUCUAAGGCUAAUCUGGAUAAAAGGUACCGCACCCUGGAAGAUGAGAUGAGUGAGAUGAAAGCCAAACUUGAGGAGCACCAGAGGAAUGUGAAUGAGAUGGUGAUACAAAAAGCCCAGCUCCAGACAGAGUCUGGUGAACUAAGCCGUCAACUCAAAGAGAAAGAAACUGUGAGGUUGCAGCUGUCCAGGAGCAAGCAGGCACUUACACAGCAAGUGGAAGAACUCAAGAGGCAGCUGGAGGAAGAGAUCAAGGCCAAGAACGCCCUGGCCCACGCCCUGCAGUCCGCUCGCCACGACUGUGACUUGCUCCGGGAACAAUAUGAGGAGGAGCAGGAGGCCAAGGGGGAGCUGCAGCGCGCCCUGUCCAAGGCCAACAGCGAAGUGGCCCAGUGGAGAACCAAAUACGAGACGGACGCGAUUCAGCGCACGGAGGAGCUCGAGGAGGCCAAGAAAAAGCUCUGUCAGCAUCUUCAGGAAGCAGGGCAGCAGGAGGAGACACUGAAUUCCAAGUGUGCUACCUUGGAGAAGAUGAAGUUGAAGUUGCAGGGGGAGGUGGAGGAUCUGACGCUGGACAUAGAGAGAGCAAACACAUCAGCAGCUGCCCUUGACAGGAGACAGCAGAGCUUUGAUAAGGUCAUGGCAGAAUGGAAGGGGAAGUAUGAGGAAAGCCAGCUGGAACGGGAAGCUCUCUCUAAAGAAUCAGGCUCACUGAACACAGAGCUUUUCAAAGUGAAAAGUGCCUAUGAGGAAACCUUAGAUCAGCUUGAAACAAUCAAACGGGAGAACACCACUCUCCAGCAGGAAGUAGCUGAUCUGACAGAGCAAAUAACUGCAAAUGGAAAAAUGAUCAGAGACCUUGAGAAAGCCAAAAAGCAAGCUGAAGUAGAAAAAAAUGGUCUGCGAUUAGCUCUGGAGGAGGCAGAGGCAGCCCUUGAGCACGAAGAAGUCAAAAUCCUUGGUGUCAACCAAGAACUGACUCAGAUGAAGUCAGAAAUCAGCAGAAAGAUUGCUGACAAGGAUGAGGAGAUUGACCAGCUAAAAAAGAACCAAGAAAAGAUUGUGGAGACAGUGCAGAGUGUUUUGGACGCUGAGAUCAGGAGCAGAAGCGAAUCUUUAAGGCUGAAGAAGAAGAUGGAGGGAGACCUGAAUGAAAUGGAGAUCCAGCUGAGCCAUGCCAACCGCCAGGCUGCAGAGACACAGAAACACCUACACAGCAUCCAGGGAGCUCUCAAGGACACACAGCUGCACUUGGAUGAUGCUCUCAGGACACAGGAGGACCUGAAGGAGCAGGUGGCCAUGGUGGAGCGCAGGGCAAACCUGCUGCAGGCUGAAGUUGAGGAGCUGCGGGCAGCCCUGGAGCAGACGGAGCGGUCGAGGAAAUUGGCUGAGCAGGAGCUUCUGGAUGCCACUGAACGUGCACAGCUCCUCCAUACCCAGAAUGCCAGCCUUUUUAAUACAAAGAAGAAGCUUGAAACUGAUACGGCACAAAUCCAAACAGAGAUAGAGGAUGUUACUAAUGAAGCAAAGAGUGCUGAAGAAAGAGCAAAGAAGGCAAUGACAGAUGCAGCCAAGAUGGCAGAAGAGCUGAAGAAGGAGCAGGACACCAGUGCCCACCUGGAGAGGAUGAAGAAGAACCUGGACCAGACGGUGAAGGACCUGCAGCACCGUCUGGAAGAGGCCGAGCAGCUGGCACUGAAGGGAGGGAAGAAGCAGAUCCAGAAGCUGGAGGCCAGGAUCCGAGAAUUAGAAGCUGAGCUGGAAGAAGAACAUAAACAAUCUUCAGAGGCUAUGAAAAACAUCUGCAAAUAUGAACGGCGUGUCAAAGAGCUCACUUUUCAGUGUGAAGAACACAGGAAAAACACGAUUAGGUUACAAGAUCUGGUAGAUAAACUGCAGAUGAAAAUCAAAUCCUACAAAAGACAAGCUGAGGAAGCCGAUGAACAAGCCAAUAUUAAUCUCUCCAAACUGAGAAAUGCACAGCAUAAGAUACGUGAGGCCGAGGAAAGGGCAGAUAUUGCUGAGAGCCAAGUAAAUAAGCUCAGAGCUAAGGCCCGAGAAGGCCCUGCUACAAAGGUGGUGUUAGGAACUGAAAAAUGAGCUUCUUCUGGGAUAACCAGAACUUCCACAAAGUAUCUCUCCCGCUGUGGUAGGAAUUUUCCCAUUGUUUGUGAACACAAACAUUGCUGCUGUGACAGUGUCAAUAAAAUAGAUAUCAGCAACUUCA